AAUUAUCAGUAUGCUGCCUUCACGUAAAAGUGCAAACUUCACUUAAGAAUAUGCUGCUGCAGAACCUAAUUCACGUUCCAUUAGAAAACCUUGAUGUACAUGAGGUUGAAGGAGACUGCCGACUUGGGGCGAGGAAUGGGAGAGAGGAGUGAAGGAUGAUAAGCAUCGGUUGGAGAGGGGCGGAAGAAAAGGUCAAGCUAGGCUGAUAUAAACGGAGGAAAAGGUCAAGCUAGGGGCCCCUAUAAGGUACCUCUGCAGGAAUUUUGUUCAGCCGGUUCACGAGUUGGGUCUGGGUUGGUCGGUGUGUUCCGACUAAUCUGAACCCGGGCCGAUCGGUCUACGAGUUACGGAUAAACGAAGCGCAUUCGAAGUGAUGCGGGAGUCGGAUAGGGUUUGGUUAACUCCCGACGCUCCACGGCUAUAGCAGCGGAGAUAUGAUCCAACGACGGAUAGGUGGAUUUUCUUCUACCUGGAUCUCCAAUUUACUUCCCAUUGCUCCUUCCAUGACCUGUUUUCAAGUUUGAGUGUAGUUUUUUAUUCUUGUCUGUCAACUGUUUGAGGCAAUUCCUAAGUGGAAAACUGGAGCUCUUUGGUCGUGCAAGAUGUCUCUUUAGAGAGCUGCAAAUGCUUUAUGUUGAUGUUGUUCCACUAAUGAGUGGAGUUGGGUUGCCAGCUUGGAGAACGAGGUUUGCAUUAAAAAUGAAAAGGAAUUUAGUUCUUCAUUAUUCCCUCAAGCAAAGCUCCAUGUCCUCAUUUUCCCUAAGGAACAAUUUGACAACUUCUUGUUCAGCUGCUGACCAAAAUAAGAAGAGCAAGGUCAUUGUAAUCUCUGGUCCCACUGGAGCCGGAAAGAGUAGACUUGCAUUGGAGAUUGCAAAGAGGCUUGAUGGAGAGAUCAUUAGUGCUGAUUCCGUGCAAGUGUAUCGUGGACUCGACAUUGGCUCGGCCAAGCCUUCAGUUACUGACAGAAGGGAAGUGCCUCAUCACUUGAUUGACAUCUUACACCCGUCAGAAGAUUAUUCGGCCGGCAAGUUCUUUGAGGAUGCUAGGAAAGCAACACCAGAUAUUCUUGGGAAGGGCAGAGUGCCGAUAGUUGCUGGUGGGACUGGUCUGUAUCUACGGUGGUAUAUAUAUGGAAAGCCAGCUGUUCCAAAGGCUUCGAUGGGGAUCACCUCUGAAGUAUGCUCUGAGCUGAUGGACUUGCAGAGGAAUGGGCAGUGGGAUGCAGCUGUGGAUUUAGUGGUGAAGGCUGGUGACCCGAAAGCUCGGUUCUUUCCUGAAAACAAUUGGUACCGAUUGAGGCGUAGCCUUGAGAUUAUCAGGUCUUCUGGGUCACCUCCUUCAGCUUUUAGUGUACCAUAUGAUUCUUUUCGGGAACAACUUGACUCGAGAUUAUCAGGCUUCUCAGUUAAUGGCAGUUCUGAUUUAAAUAAUCCUCAAGAAAAUCCUGCAAAGGACCUGGACUAUGAGUUCAUUUGUCUUUUUCUUUCAAGCCCACGAGUAGCUCUCUACAGGUCGAUUGAUUUGAGGUGUGAGGAGAUGCUUAUGGACCCUGAAGGACUUCUAUCAGAAGCUUCAUGGCUACUUGAUAUAGGUCUUCAUCCAAAUAUGAACUCUGCAACUCGAGCAAUUGGUUAUAGACAGGCUAUGGAGUACUUGCUAAGCUGUAGGGAACAAGGGGGUAAAAGCUCUCCUGAAGAAUUUUAUGCAUUUUUAUACGAGUUUCAGAAAGCAUCUCGAAAUUUUGCAAAGAGGCAGAUGACUUGGUUCCGGAAUGAGCUUAUUUACGACUGGCUUGAUGCAUCACGACCUUUUGAGAAAGUAAUUGACUUCAUUUGUAAUGCUUACCAUGACCAGAGUGGGGAGUUGGUCGUGCCUGAAUCACUUAAAAUGAAGAAAGAUAAUAAUGGCCACCAGGAAACCUAUGAACUGAAGUCCUAUCGUACCAACAAUAAGCUGUUUAUUGGUGAUCAUGAUUGUCAUCAUGUUCUGAAUUGGAUUGGGAGGACCCAGACUGUGAUAAGCAGGGCAUAGUUUUCGAGGUACUCUCAGAUUCGGAUCAUAUAAGUUCGUCUCAGUCAUUAGGUUGGAACUCCUGCAAACAAUGGGAGCUGGGAGUUCUGUUGCAAUUCUUUUUGACAGAUAUGAAAUGUAGCACUCUCUUGCUACCAGCCAAGUUAGUUUGCUUCAUAUCAUGGUGAUGUCAUCAUCCAAAUUUCAAGCCAUCUGUACAAGUUAUGUUGUAACUGCUAAUCAAUCCUCUGGGGCGUCAACAGGUGCAAGCAUAGUGUCGUUAUGCAUGGAGUUCAUCUAAAUGUUAAGCCUUAAGGUGUGUUUCUCCGAUGUCUGGCCAUGUUGGAGAGGGUGGGGGGGGGGUUGGGAGAGAGCUAGAAUUUUUUCUAUUUAUGGCAAAGUGGCAAGGACACCGUUCAACAGAUGCAAACAUUGAUACUUGUGCGAGACAUUCAGUUACUGGGUAGACUUGAGAGUUGAGACCAUUCUGCAUUUACACGUGCCUUUGAAUUCUCCAUGCUGCUUUUCUUUUUUUUUUUGCAUUUGGGUGGGCUGCAAGGAAUCCUCCAUGGGUUUUAGUAACUAGGCUUCCAUAACGAUGUUCAUGCUUGCCAGUAACUUGAAAAUUCUGUAUGCUAAUUAAGUGUAGAUUUGCCCUGGUCUCUAAAAUCAAUUGUAGCCUUCCAUUUUUAUGUUUAUUUUUAUUUAUUUAUUUAAGAAUUAGAUGGACAAGGCCAAAAUUCAUUGAGAUCCAGUUGGCACGAUCAAAGAUUUCAAAAUUGGUCGAGUUUAUGCUGCUUUAAAGGAUGAGGUACCUUCACAAAUUCAAGCAUUGCCAGGCCUGUAAUGUCUAUUUGAGAAUCUGGUUCCAUAUAGAUUUUCAUCCAUGAAUCAAGGUUGCCAAAUUCAAAUUAUGGGUUCAAACAUAGCAGUGCUUCAUAUUUUGUUAGGAAUUUGUUGUGCACAUUGUAGCAUCUAAUAUUAGAUAUCUAUAGGAGAAUGUUAUGCCAAUUUUUGUGGUCUGGCCUGCGAAGGAAAGGUCAUGGCUUUAAUUUUAAUUCCUAAUGGAGCUUAAAGGGUCUUGUAACAACUGCAGCUAACUAUUGUUCGAAGUUCUAAAAUAUUUUGUGGAACUAAAAA